AUUGGCUCCUGGGGUAGCAAAGCAUUCGGCACUUUCCAAGAGAAGUGUCUUAUGAUAAAUUUAACGUUUUAAGGGAGGGCUCGCCCAGGAGAUUUUGUUUUAUAUUCAGUUCGGAAGUAUCAUAAUUCAUCCGGAGCCAUGUCCAUGUAUCAGGUAAAGCCCAUCUGCGGGGGUGACAUAAAAGUUGAUUUGCCGACGUGCAUGUACAAGUUACCGAACAUCCAUGCGCAGUCUGACAGUGGCAGCUGCAUCGACAAUGUGCUACAGAAUGGAGAGGUAGACCCAGAUCUGAAGGCUCUGGAGCUGCGUCAAGAUGAGAUCUUGCGUAGACUGUAUGAGCUGAAGGCGGCGGUAGACGGCCUGGCCAAGACCGUGACCACCCCUGAUGCAGACCUUGAUGCAACGUCCCUCUCCUCCCCCCUGUCUGCACCAAAACAGGUGGCAAACCUGGACUCAUUAUUGGGAAAGGACCUGGGUGCCCUUAGGGACAUAGUGAUCAACGCCAAUCCAUCCAGUCCACCCCUGAGCCUGCUGGUCCUCCACGGGCUCCUCUGCCAGCGCUACAGCGUGCUGUCCACGGUGCACGUCCACUCCUCCAUCUCCGCCGUCCCACCAAAGCUGCUCAACUGCCUGGGGCCCCGCCACCCCGACAGCUACACACGCCAGCGCUUCCAGCUGGGCUUCACCCUCAUAUGGAAAGACGUGCCCAGACUUCAGAUGAAGUUCAGCGUGCCCAACAUGUGCCCCAUCGAGGGCGAGGGUAACGUGGCCCGCUUCCUGUCUCGCCUGGUAGGCCUGGAGCCACGCGACCCGGUGGCGGCCACGCUCUCCGACAGCUGGGUGGACACGGCCUUCUUCCAGCUGGCGCCGGGCAGCUCCAAGGAGCGGGCGGCCGUGCUGCGGGCGCUCAACGCAGCCCUAGGACGCGGGCCCUGGCUGGCGGGCGCAGACCUCUCGCUGGCCGACGUGGUGUGCGCCUGCUGCCUCCUCGGGACGGGCACCACUGCCGCCUCUGCCCCUGCCAACGUCCAGCGCUGGCUCAAAGGCUGCCAGAACCUGGGCAGCAUGGCCUGUAUUAACCCCCUGUUGCAGUGACCCACCCCUUCCCCUCCCUGUGGAGAGACAUCAUAGAUAUGAACACUAGCUGCUGUGGUUAGGAUGCCGUCUUGCGCCGGUAAUCCUAUGUUUUUCAUAGAUAUUGUGUUGGCGCCACAUACAGGAUAAUAUGCGUAUCGCCUUGUCACCGAUUGAUGGCAGUGGUAGUGAUACCGGUUAAACGUGGCGGCGCGAUCUGACUUCAGCCAUUCGUUCCAAUACAAAGGAGUGGGCAACGCGGCAUCUAGUGUUCAUAUCUAUGGAGAGAAGUAACAUCCAUGCCAAGAGGAACAUAUCAUGAUCGAACUGAUGAGGCCUUUGUAGACCCUACAUGACAUGAGGUGUAAGACACGAGGAGUGUGUGGGUGUGUGAUCGGAAAUGCUGGUCUGCUGCUCUGUAAGUUAACUGUGUUAUAACAUCAUAAUUUAUGAUGUUUUGUAUGAGAAGCAAACUAAUAAAUAAAGAGUAACUACAUUAAUCUUACUCCGGUUGACGCAUCAUUUAUACAUUGUUGUCAUGUAGGGUAUACAAAGGUCUUUCCCUGUAGCGUUUUAAGAGACAAACCCCUAAGAAGUGGACCUUUAGACAAGAUAUAAUAAGAGAUCCCGGUGGAAGAAGAGAGAGAGUAUACAGUACUGUUGUAAAACACACAUCUCCCCCUUUGUGCCUAAUAUGACGUCGUACUAGAUGUGUGAGGUGCAAUGCUAACGCUAACAUUUUUUAAAACAUUCUGAGAUGUUUUAACAUUUUGAAAUGUGAAGAACAGGUCCUGCUAAUGUUGGAAGCAGUAUGACGACGCUGUAGAGUUAUUUUGUCUUUCUGUUCAAAGUCUAUUAAAUUUUUCCACUUUGUCUCAUA